AGCCUCGCUUACCUGAGACAUCCUCGUCUUUCUUAUUUGUUUUCACUGGCUCGAACGAUUAUGAGUGGAAAUCUGAUGGAGAAGACAGAGAAAUCAGUUCAAUAAUGUCGGCAGACGCUUUCCAAGUUCAUUUACUGUGCGAAAAUGGACGACACGACCCUUGCAAAACUGGCUGUGCCAGGGGUGGUGUCACUUGUGGCUUUUCUCUCAUAUUCUUCGCAACUGUUAUUCUACGGCAUUGAACCUGGAUCACUGGAUAAGCAAGAAAGCCUCGUGUUCAACAUCCUCGUCUUAUGCAUAUGGGUUUCCUAUGCACGAGCAUGCAUCACGGAUCCAGGACGAGUCCCGGCAGACCGGCCAUCGAACGAGGCUAAGCGCAAAGGCCCAGCAACACCAGCACAGAAUUUCAUUGCCAGACAGAGAUACUGCCGCAAAUGCGAAUCUGUCAAGCCCCCAAGAUCCCAUCAUUGCAGAGUCUGCGGACGGUGCAUCCCAAAAAUGGAUCAUCACUGUCCCUGGACAGCAAACUGUGUCUCCCAUUUUACUUUCCCGCACUUCAUGCGCUUCCUCUUUUAUGCUACUACUGCAAUGUGUCACCUUGAAUAUUCCCUGUUCCUGCGAGCCAACAUCAUCUGGCGUAACCGGAAUUUACCAAGUUACCUUGGUCCAUCACUACCACAACUUGUUCAUCUCUUUAUACUGCUCGUCGUCAAUUCACUUACCUUGUUCCUCGUAUCGAUUAUCUUCCUUCGUACUGCUUGGGGACUGGGCGGUAAUGUAACAACGAUUGAAAGUUGGGAAAUUGAGCGCCAUGCAAAGCUACUUCGCCGAGCUCGGGCUCUUGGGGGAUAUCUGGAUGGUCCGGAUGGUGUCAGACUCAGAAUUGUGAGACAAGAAUUCCCUUAUGACAUUGGCAUAUGGAGCAACAUCGUCCAAGGCAUGGGCACCGCAAAUCUCUUUGCCUGGCUCUGGCCGUUCUCUGCAGGUUCAAGAACAAGUGGUCUAGAGUUCGAGACGAAUGGGUUUGAAGACCAAGGCACAAGCUGGCCGCCACCGGAUCCUGAUCGAAUGCCACGACUCGAAAGAUCGUUCGACCCUGAGGAUGCCUUUGUACAUCAGCAUGCAGCCCUCUCGCCCGAGGAGGAGAUUGUUGCAUUCAAAAACCGGCAGCAGGCGGACUUUCAGCAACGUGCCCAGCACUACGACAUCAAGAGGAGGCGACCGUUCCAUAAGAGAUUCGAUCAAGAUGAUGAAACGCCACUCGAGGACGACUACAUUACUGAUGGAGAGGAAGAGGCUUACAGCGGUGAAGAGGGUUGGCAGGAUUCUGGAGGCAACAGACUGAAAGACUAUGGCGUCGAUGAAAGUGUUGAAUUCUACGAUGAGGACAACAUCCCCAUUGCUGAGUUAUUGAGACGACGGCGAGAAGGGCGUGGAGGAUGACUCCAAUCUUUCUGCAGAUCGACAGGCUGGGGGUGUCUCGACGUGACACAUGUGAGGCAAAUACCCCGGAUGAUCGUUGAAGUGCAGGAUGCUGAUUGGGACCAUUGCGCUG